GCAUCUUUCCUGAUUUCAAGAGGGAGAAGUGCAUUUGCAUGAUGCACAAGACAGAGUCCCUCGACUUUCCGCCAUCUGCAUAUGUGAUUGGCUCCAAUCUAUCAGCAUGAGUAUGCCUCACUCAGCCUCGCAGUCACCCGUACAUCCCAUAAUAGUAGCAUCUCUUGCUUUUCGCUCGCCCAAAAUAACUCUUCUACUACCACCAUACCCUUACAGUCAAUAUGGCCCCCAUCGCCUUCGCUGUCCGCUCCACAAUAUUGCAUACUGCGCCUUCCCGUAACAAACGAGCCUCAUCUGCGACCAACAAUCCCGCUCUCUUGAUUGGUAUCAGUGUCUCAAUUAUAUGCUUCGUUAUCGUUAUUGGAGCAGGAUGGUUUUUCAUCUGGAGGAGGAGGGCGGUAAGGAGGCUUUCAGGUGGUGUGGAGGAGCCCUCGGAGCUUGACACGACAUGUGGUCGACAGAAGCACAGAUACGAACAAAACGCACCAAGAAUAACACCAGAGCUGGAUGGGAACGUGACACCAGUCGAAGCCGGUGCUACUGCUACAUUACCAAGAUAUCCAGAAUUGCUACGGCGGCCACACGAGCUCGCAUCAGCAGAGAAAUCCGACUUCACAGAACUGGGUAGAUAUAGUGAGCCAGAGCAGUUUGUCGAUUGUAAUGAGAGAAUUGAGCAAGAACAUCUACCAAUCGGGCAAAUUCAAUCGUCAAACAUCCCUCCUGUUCACACCAGUGUUGGAAGCAAUAACAACCCAGGGGCAUUGAGUAUCCAACAGCCCAUACAAGAUUAUGUCGAUCCGUUUGAAGUCGAACUUAACUUAAACCCUGUUUACUAUCCAUCUCGUGCCGGUCUAUCUGACAGACCAGGCGAGCACCCAGAUCAAACGAUAUAUCUCCCGGACUCCGAGAGGCAGCGGGUACACAGUCUCAUCCCGCUUCCUCUUAGAUCAGGAACAUCAGAUAUGGAGAUGCAUUCCACAGAGACGUCUACAAAUGCCGAUGAAUUGCAUAUGCGAGAGCCAACGCCGAACUGGAACAGGACGUCCAUCGACGUAGGACAGAGAGCGAAUGCAUGGCCGCUGAGAGACACGAAGAAUCAGCUGGAUUUGGAAAUUCAAAGGCAAAUUGACGAAACAGAGGGCACGCCUGAGCACGACAAAAUGGAAGUAGAUGCAAUCUCUACCUUCUCACCAACUCCUCGAGCAGCUGGUCCAAGUCGUGCUUUUUCUCCACCACUUGUUUCCAAUUUAGCGCCCCGCAGGAGAGUAGCAGUCCUCGAUCUACAUCCCUUGGAGACUGAUAACGGAAAAGCUGAACGGGAUAAUGACCAGAGCAAGGGUAGAGACAGUAACUUAAACCAAAGACGGCGUCAGAAGCAACGUACGUUAAUGCCCAAGUCAUCAUCCCCACAGAAUUCGAAAACCACAUCAAGCCCACAGUCAAGCAAGUCCACGCCUGAUUCUGCGAAGACCAAGUUGAGUUUCGCGUCUACGGCUACAAAUGCGACACAUACUACAUCGCCAGGAUCAGCUAUCACUACACCAUCAAUGGCAACAGAAUCACCUGCCAGCUCAUGGAGUCCCCAAGAGAACAACCUGGAAUGCCAAACCUGUGGUCAACUGUUUAGCACUGCAGGCCGCCAGAAGAAACACUACAACCGCAUACACAAUCUCCGCUACGUAUGCGACAUCUGCGCACGACCGUUUGGUGUAAGAGCAGAUUUAGAGCGCCAUGAGCAUACAGUGCAUGCCGAGUUUUUCCGGUCUCUCAAGCGUUCUUGGUGCACUGUCCCCGGCUGUCCAACGCCGAAUAAGGAGUGGAAGCGGAAGGACAAUUUCACUAGACACGUUAGAAGCUGUGAAACGAGGGCGGCGGCAGCAGUCAGCCGAGGGCGCGGGAAAGGCAAGGAACGAGCUGUAGAGUAGAAAGGGCGUUUCAAGAGUGAAAAAGAUGGGUAUUUAACGUUUCGAACAAUUACCAAAAACCCUCAUCUCCCCACGUAGUCUGUACUCGUGAACUCGCGCAAACAAACAAGCAUGCAUGCUCAUGCGUUCGCGUCCGAACAUUCCUAUAUCCACACAUACAAAUGUACAAUGGCGCAGCUUCCUCGUCCUCCUCUCAGGAAGUCGCCUGAUCUUCUUCUUCUCCCCCUCAUUCUAUGUUUCCCUAAUAUGUUGCUGCUGGCGGAGCAAGCUCUCUGCCCAG